GCGGAUCCCGGUGCCGGGGUCUGACGGCGCGGGUGCCGCCGCAGGUGCCGCGUACAGCAGUGGGACUCGGAGGAGCCGGUGCCGCGGGCCGAGCUGCUGUCACGCGUGGCUGGGAUGCGCGGGCUCCUCUGCCUGCUCUCCGACCGCAUCGACCGCGAGGUGCUGGACGCGGCCGGGCCCAGCCUGAAGGUCAUCAGCACCAUGUCCGUGGGCUUCGACCACCUCGCUCUGGACGAGAUCAAGAAGCGGGGUAUCCGCGUGGGGUACACCCCUGACGUCCUGACCGACGCCACUGCGGAGCUCUCGGUGGCCCUGCUGCUCUCAGCGUGCCGCCGGCUGCCCGAGGCGGCCGAGCAGGUCAAGAGUGGCGGCUGGACAACCUGGAAGCCCCUGUGGAUGUGUGGAUAUGGCCUGUCUGACAGCACAGUGGGCAUCAUUGGGCUGGGCAGGAUAGGGCAGGCAGUCGCCCGGCGCCUGAAGCCAUUUGGAGUCAAGAAGUUUCUGUACACUGGCAGUGGCCCAAAACCAGAAAGUGCAGCAGAGUUUGGGGCUGAGUUUGUCCCACUGACGAGGCUGGCCGAGGAGUCAGACUUUGUGGUGGUAACCUGUGCGCUGACGCCAGCCACCCAGGGAAUGUGCAACAAGGACUUCUUCAGCAGGAUGAAGAAGACUUCUGUGUUUGUCAACACAAGCAGGGGGACCGUGGUGAACCAGGAGGACCUGUACGAAGCGCUGUCCCAGGGCCGGAUCGCUGCUGCUGGCCUGGAUGUCACGACACCAGAGCCACUGCCCACUGACCACCCCCUGCUCUCGCUCAAGAACUGUGUGAUCCUGCCACACAUCGGGAGCGCCACGUACGCCACGAGGAGCACCAUGGCAGUACUGGCAGCCAACAACCUGCUGGCCGGGCUGCGGGGGGAGCCCAUGCCCCACGAGCUGAAGCUGUGACAGCCCCUGUGGCGCGGCAGGACGGGCCAGCCUGGCCCCUCAUCUCUGCGGCAGCCAGGAGCCAUUAAAGAGCAGCAGGGAA